AAGAAACAAGAAACAAGAAUCACAUCGUCAUUACUGCAUCAAUUUGCACAAUCUCAAUCUGAAUAUCCUAAUCCAAUGGGGAGACCACCCUGCUGCGAUAAAGCCAACGUGAAAAGAGGACCCUGGACCCCUGAAGAAGACGCCAAAAUCCUUGCCUACGUUGCCAGCCAUGGCAUCGGCAACUGGACCUUAGUCCCCCAGAAAGCAGGCCUCAACAGGUGCGGGAAGAGCUGCAGGCUGAGAUGGACCAACUACCUCCGCCCCGAUCUCAAGCACGACAACUUCACUCCCGAGGAGGAAGAGUGCAUUCUUGAACUUCACAAAACCAUCGGCAGCAGAUGGUCUCUGAUCGCGAAACGGCUGCCGGGGCGAACAGACAACGACGUGAAGAACUACUGGAACACAAAACUGAAGAAGAAACUGACUAAAAUGGGGAUCGAUCCCGUGACUCACAAGCCUUUCUCCCAGCUUUUCAGCGAAUAUGGGAAGAUCAGUGGUGUUCCUCCUCCAGGUUCCUGCAGGAACAGAAACCCUUUCCUCCACAAUCCAGCGGCAGGCGGCACUGACGAUGGAUUAUCAUCAUCGCCAUCAAUUUGGAAGCCAGAAAACAGCAACAGGCACAAGAUCAUUGAGAUCAAUAACAACAAUAAUAAUAAUAAUAAUCGUCCGGUGGAGAAUGUCCAUUUGCCACAUUUUUUGGGCGAUCAGGUAUUCUCCCCCUGUGAUGCAUUUUCUUCUUCUUCUUCUACAUCCUUGUCUUCCAAUGGAGGAGGAGGAGGAGGAGGAGUCACGCAUUUGGGCUGCGGACCAUCUCAGUCGUGUGAGGGAUCUCAGCUGGUUCAAAUGGUGCCUUCUUCUGACCCCUUCUUUAUGUCGAGUAACGAAUACACUCUCGGAGAUCCUUCAAUACUACCACCACUACCACUUCCACUUCCACUACCAGACAAUUAUAACGUGGACCAAAUGACAACGACUACACUGAAAUGCGAGUAUGGUGGCGGGAUUGGGAUUGGGAUUGGGAUUGGGAUUGGGAUGAUGAAGAUCAUGCCGCUCAACAACGACGCCAUUAAUAAUAUUCCUCAUAAUUAUCUGGAAGGUUCUUCAUGUGAUGAACAACAACAGCAGGAUGGAUCAGACACCACAGCCAGAUCCAGAUUGACUGCUACUACUAGUACCGAUCAGGAGAGCUCCUCCUCCAUUGCUGCGGCUGCACAGUCAUUCGUAGAGGCAAUCUUUGCUCAUGACAAUGAAAUGCGCCUAGAGUUUCCUGAUGACAUGAUCUUGGACGAAACUACUUGAGAUUAUUGAUUCUAUCUUUCUUGUCUCAGAUCCUCUUCUUCCUCCUAUAUGAUCUAUUUUU